AUGACCUUCUCCACGCCGCCCGUGAUUCGAAAAUUUAUUCGUUCCUUCGUCUACUCUCCACAACAAAAGCAAGCACUUAUUGAUUUUUAUUCCACAUUUCUGAAUCAUUCUCGGAUUCAAACCAUGAAGAGUGUUCUUGAUAAACGUUCGAAAUUUAUCAUUCCGGUGCUGGAGGAUGUUCGGAGUGAGCAAAAUGUUGCUGCUGUGAUUCGGACGGUGGAAUGUUUUGGAAUGAGUCAAUUACAUGUAAUUAAUCCACCAUCAAGUCCUCCAAUGAGUGAACGGAAAUCUCGUUCAAAAGGUGUUUCAAGUGGAGCUACUGAGUGGAUUGACAUAAAGAAUCAUAAAAGUUCCGAAGAGUGUUUUGAAGAAUUAAAGGACAAGUAUAAUUGUAGAAUUAUUGUUACAUCACCAUAUUCCAUUCCUCAAUUAUUGGCUGGUGAGAAGAGAAGUCAGAACGCUCCAAAUACUUUUGCAAAUUUUUCUCCAGUCAUCACAGCAAAACAUUUAUCACUACCUCAUUAUAUCGGAGUGGAUCAAGUACCUAUUACUUUUGGUUCAAUGAAACAAUCGGAAAUGGAUGAUAAGCCUAUUGCUCUUGUUUUUGGAAAUGAAGCUCACGGAAUUUCAAAUAUUGCCAUUGAUCAUGCCGAUGCUUCUUUAACAUUACCUCUCUAUGGAUUUACGGAGAGUUUUAAUAUUCAUGUGAGUGUUGCCAUCUCGACCUAUUUCUUGAAUGAGAAAUUUAGAAACUGUCUGAAUAAUCCAGAGACGAAACAUUUUGCUGAACAAUAUCUUUAUACGAGUGAAGAAAAAACAAAUACUCUAUUGGAAUGGCUACGAGAUUGUGUCUCGAGAAGUGACGAAUUAGAAUUAGAGUUUAUGCGAAAGGAGGGAAUACCAAUUCCAUCGAGCUAUGCAGUCAUGUCAAAUAGUCAGCCACUUUCACAGACAAUUAACGCCGAAAACAAAUAA